GGCUGCCCUUUCCCCCCUUCUACUCCUCCCUCCCUCUCCCGCCGGUGCUUUGCCUCAGAUCUCGCGAGAGCUCCGAGGCAGCGGCCCAGGGCCAACAUGGCGGAAGAAGAGGUGGCCAAGCUGGAAAAACAUUUGAUGCUUCUCCGUCAGGAAUAUGUCAAGCUGCAGAAGAAGCUGACUGAGACGGAGAGGAAAUGCAGUCUCCUGGAUGCUCAGUCUAACAAAGAGAGCACCAGUGACUCCUUCAUAAGUCGACUCCUUGCCAUCGUAGCCAAGCUGUAUGAGCAGGAGCAAUACAGCGACCUAAAGAUAAAGAUUGGAGACAAGCACGUCAGCGCUCACAAAUUUGUAUUGGCAGCUCGCAGCGAGACUUGGAGCCUGGCCAACCUGGUGUCGACCGAGGAGCUGGAUCUGUCAGAUGCUGACCCAGAGGUGACCAUGGCGAUGUUGCGCUGGAUCUAUACGGAUGAGCUGGAGCUGAGAGAAGACGAUGUGUUCCUGACUGAGCUGAUGAAACUGGCAAACAGGUUUCAGCUGCAGCUCCUCAGGGAAAGGUGUGAAAAAGGAGUCAUGUCACUUGUGAAUGUCAGAAACUGCAUCCGCUUCUAUCAGACAGCUGAAGAGCUGAAUGCCAUCACUUUAAUGAACUACUGCGCAGAGAUAAUUGCUAGUCACUGGGAUGAUCUGAGGAAAGAAGACUUCAGUAGUAUGAGUGCUCAGCUGUUGUACAAAAUGAUCAAAUCCAAAACGGAGUUUCCUUUGCACAAAGCUAUUAAAGUGGAGAGAGAAGAUGUUGUUUUCCUGUAUCUUAUUGAAAUGGAUUCACAGCUGCCUGGAAAGUUAAACGAAGUAGAUCACAACGGAGAUCUUGCUUUAGAUCUGGCCCUCUCUCGAAGACUGGAAAGCAUUGCAACCACCCUGGUUAAUCACAAAGCAGACGUCGACAUGGUGGACAAGAAAGGCUGGAGUUUGUUGCAUAAAGCUAUUCAGAGGGGAGACAAAUUUGCUGCUAACUUCCUUAUUAAAAAUGGUGCCCGGGUGAACGCUGCAACGUUGGGAGACCAGGAGACUCCUUUGCACCUUGUGGCAUCCUAUAGCCCCAAGAAGCACAAGUCAGACAUCAUGGCGGAGAUGGCACAGAUUGCAGAGUCUCUCUUAAAGGCAGGGGCCAAUCCAAAUAUGCAGGACAGCAAAGGAAGGACUCCAUUGCAUGCCUCCAUCAUUGUGAGAAACGACCAAGUGUUCAGCCAGCUUCUCCAGUGCAAGCAACUCGAUUUGGAACUGAAGGAUCACGAGGGAAGCACUGCCUUGUGGCUUGCCGUCCAGUAUAUCACCGUGUCUUCCGACCCGUCCGUCAACCCCUUUGAGGAUGUCCCAGUAGAGAACGGCACGUCCUUCGACGAGAACAGCUUUGCAGCCCGGCUCAUCCAGCAAGGCAGUAACACGGAUGCUGCAGACACAGCGACAGGAAACUGCUUGCUGCAGAGAGCAGCUGGAGCCGAAAACGAAGCUGCUGCUCUGUUCCUGGCAACCCACGGGGCCAAAGUUAACCACAGGAAUAAAUGGGGAGAGACGCCACUGCACACGGCUUGUCGGCAUGGCCUAGCCAAUCUCACCGCAGAGUUGCUGCAGCAGGGAGCGAACCCCAACAUCCAGACGGAGAAAGCCGUACCUGCCCAGAAGGGGACAGCAAUCCCCAGCGCUGCAGAUAAUGUCAGCCUGCAAACUCCACUUCACAUGGCAAUAGCCUAUAACCACCCAGAUGUGGUGUCUGUCAUACUGGAGCAAAAAGCUAACGCCCUUCACGCCACUAACAACCUGCAGAUCAUUCCUGACUUCAGUCUAAAGGACUCCAGAGACCAAACCGUGCUGGGAUUGGCCUUAUGGACAGGUAUGCACACUAUUGCUGCUCAGCUCCUUGGAUCGGGGGCCUCCAUCAAUGACACGAUGUCGGACGGGCAGACUCUGCUGCACAUGGCAAUACAGAGGCAGGACAGCAAGAGCGCACUCUUCCUCCUAGAACAUCAAGCCGAUAUCGGGGUCAGGACUCAGGAUGGUGAGACGGCCCUCCAGCUGGCCAUCAAGAACCAGCUUCCACUUGUGGUCGAUGCAAUCUGCACUAGGGGAGCAGACAUGUCUGUGCCGGAUGACAAAGGGAAUCCUCCACUCUGGCUCGCUCUUGAAAACAACCUGGAAGACAUUGCUUCCACUCUGGUAAGGCACGGUUGCGAUGCCACUUGCUGGGGUCCAGGACCCGGAGGCUGCUUGCAGACGUUGCUGCACAGGGCCAUUGAUGAGAACAACGAACAGAUCUCCUGCUUUCUUAUCCGCAGCGGCUGUGAUGUCAAUAGCCCGAGGCAGCCAGGUGCCAACGGCGAGGGCGACGAGGAAGCCCGUGACGGACAGACACCAUUGCACUUGGCAGCUUGUUGGGGCCUUGAAGAAGCCGUGCAGUGCCUUCUAGAGUUUGGAGCCAAUGUAAAUGCGCAGGAUGCGGAAGGAAGAACACCCAUCCACGUGGCCAUCAUCAACCAGCAUGGUGUCAUCAUCCAGCUGAUGAUCUUGCACCCUGAAAUCCAGCUCAACAUCCGGGACCGGCAAGGCAUGACCCCUUUCGCCUGCGCAAUGACGUACAAGAACAACAAGGCCGCCAAGGCGAUCCUGAAGCGGGAGGCAGGAGCUGCCGAGCAGGUGGACAACAAAGGCCGGAAUUUCCUCCACGUGGCUGUUCAGAAUUCCGACAUCGAGAGCGUCCUCUUCCUGAUCAGUGUCCAGGCAAAUGUCAAUUCCCGGGUCCAGGAUGCCUCCAAGCUCACUCCGUUACAUCUAGCAGUGCAGGCCGGCUCCGAGAUCAUUGUGCGCAAUCUGCUGCUUGCGGGCACCAAAGUCAACGAGCUGAACAAGCACCGCCAGACCGCCCUCCAUCUCGCCGCCCAGCAGGACCUUCCCACCAUUUGCUCAGUUCUUCUGGAGAAUGGGGUUGGCUUUGCAGCUGUGGAUGAAAAUGGGAACAACGCCCUCCACCUGGCAGUCAUGCAGGGGCGUCUGAUGAACAUCCGUGUCCUCCUGACAGAGUGCACUGUGGAUGCUGAAGCCUUUAAUGUCAGAGGUCAGUCCCCUAUGCACAUCCUGGGUCAGUAUGGGAAGGACAAUGCAGCGGCCAUCUUUGACCUCUUCCUGGAAUGCAUGCCGGAGUAUCCGCUUGACAAGCCAGACACAGAAGGAAACACUGUGCUUCUCUUGGCCUACAUGAAGGGAAACGCCAACUUGUGCCGGGCCAUAGUGAGAGCCGGAGCUCGCCUGGGGGUCAACAACAACCAAGGGGUCAACAUCUUCAACUAUCAAGUUGCGACCAAACAGCUUCUGUUCAGGCUUUUGGACAUGCUGUCCAAAGAGCCUCCCUGGUGCGAUGGCUCCAAUUGCUACGAAUGCAGUGCCAAGUUCGGGGUCACGACGAGGAAGCAUCACUGCCGGCACUGUGGGCGUCUGCUCUGUCACAAGUGCUCGACCAAGGAGAUCCCCAUCAUCAAGUUUGACUUGAACAAGCCGGUUCGGGUCUGCAACAUAUGCUUUGAUGUCUUGACUCUGGGCGGAGUCUCCUAGUUGCCCCACGUGAAGAGGAGCGACUCCUGGGCCGCACGUCUCUCCUACUGCCUUGCAACAGCUCUGUGGCAAAGCCGCCCAUUGCGGGGACGGGCAGCCGCGUAUUUUGUCUUCCUGUUACAACCGAGCCGGAUCGACUUAAGGGACCACGCAAACGCUAUAUUCCAGUAUAAAUGACUUUUGUAUGAGUGUUAAUCGUGGAUAAAUGGUGGGGGAAAACUGGAUUGGGAGCAAAUUGGGACUGUGGCAAAGUUUGUGUGGAAAUGCACAUGAAUUGGGUGGGGUUAGGCCCUUUACUUCUUCUAGUGCAGGGCAGUGAAAAAUGAAUUUUUGCCUUUGCUGAUCAUGUAAUGUAACAGGGCCUCAGAAGGCCUCCAAGCUGUGACUGGGACUGCUUUGAAGUCUUGUCAUGUGGGGAAGCUGGGGUGGGUUUGAAUCUUAUGAGCGCUUAAAAUUCCUGGGUAACUCUGUGUGAUGACCGCCCCCUUUUUUGUUACCUUCCUGGGGAGAACACUCUGGUUCUGUGUCUCUACCUUUGGCAAAAAAUGGGGCAACUGUACCAUGCACAGUGAUUGCCCCUUCCAAAAGACGCCGUCUUCAAAACAGGAUUUUGUUAAAUGCAUUAAUGCCGAAGGCGUUUUGUGUGUGUGGCCUUACGACAAAAGCUUUAGUUUCGCCUGUUGGAGGAGGAGGCAGCACUGCAGCUCCUGCCUCUUCAGGACCCUGGUUUCCACAACCCGCUCCCAAAUCUGCAAUCUUUCUUCCACGUUUAAAAACAAAACAUGGUGUGUGUGUGGCACACAGAGAGAGAAAAAGCUAGUUUCAUUACUAAAUUCAGUGUAGGCUCCUCAAAGGAAGAAACAACAAGCUCUUGGCUGGUCCUUUAGUAACAUAUCAGUAACUUUGCAAAUGGUUAUAUGUUUACAGCAGCCUUCUUUGCCCAUCCCUAGUGCUCCUCCAGAUGAUUUGGACUCUUAACUCCCAUCAGCCGGCUGGGGCUGCUGGGAGUUAGUGUCCAAAUUGUCUGGAGGGGCACCAGGGAUGGGCAGUGGCUGGUUUACAGCGAUGUUGAAGGAAGGUCUAGUGGUGGGCUCACUCAGCAUUGAGGGAAUCCCAUGUUGGGGCUUGGGCAGAGCAUCUGAACACAGCUAGUUACGUAGAGGAUGAUGGACAGCCCCGGUUGGGGGUGGGCGGACAGAGCCUAAUGUGAAGGCAAUGAUCCCUUUGGAGCCGAUCACAAAGGAAACUGUGUCACGGCCACACUUCUGCUCACCAACCUUGGGCACUCUGGGUUUCUUUUUGCAUUUGCUUUUGUUUCUUCUCAGAGGCCUUCUCUGUUUUUGGGCGAUGGUGGCGACUUGGCCCCCAUCCAGGAGCUCUAUAUCAAAGCCCAUACUCACGGUGAUCCCUGCACGUUGAAUGCCGAGCGAAAGUAGCCUGGCCUUGCAGGGUUUUUGUUUCUUACAUAUACUUUCCUCUGCAACUCAAUAAUGUUUUUACGUUGGCUCACUUCUUUCAAAACGUCCCUUCCAAAACCAGACCCUGAAACGGAAGAGGCUGGUGGCUAAGAGCUGAUAACAGCAGACAGAAGGUUCCACCUUCACCUACUGAAGUGUGAAGUGCUCUGCCUUUGUAAAAACACAACCCUGGAAGAUGGAUGUGGCUGAGCCUUCUGUUGUUGCUCAGUUGGGAUGUCUCUCUCUCUCUUAACUUCAGUAACCACUACUUUUUCCGUCUGUGUGAGUAUGUGUGUGUGUAAGGGGAAGAGGAAGAUAUUCAUAGUGUGAAUCACAUUUUCCUUUCCCCUCUUCUAGAAUACUAAUGUAUUGUCGCUUACAUAUAUAUAUGUAAAAAGAGCUGAAACCACAGUGCUACUUCUUUUUUAUAUUUCUGUGAUUUAUAGGAUAUAACAGCUUUAUAUGUUCAGUAAAAAAAUAUCCUGGGCGUGUGCAGUAAAAGACAACUUUUGGGAGGUAACUCUUCAAAGUUUAAUGCUAAAUGAACAAAUCCAACCGUACAUUUCAAGGGGGAUUAGCCCUUCCAGCCUCUUUCAGGCGAAGAACUGGAACUCUCUGCCCUUUUCAGUAAAGUGGGAUCGUGAAAUGCUGUGCCCCCCACCCCGUGGAUAAUUCCUCCUUGUGUCUAUCUGCUCUUCGCUCCAAAAUAAUUAUUCCUGUGCCACUUAACCUGCAUCAACACAGUCUUGCUCUUCCAUUCUCUCCCCACCUCAAAGGAGUAAGUUCUUUGUUGGGCAAAGGGGUAGAAUGCCUUUUGUGCAGAAGGCUUGUUCUGGAGUAGCUGUGGGGAGAAAUGAGUGCGAUGAUAGUCUGAGGCGGAUUUAAACACUGCGCAUAGGCAAGCUGUUGAGCUUGGUCAUGUGCCAUGAGCCUGAUCUGUAAAAAUUCCCCUUUAUAGAUUAAAAAAAGGCAUUUCCCUGAACAGGGAUUAUGUGUGUUUGAUUAAUCCGGUAAAGCGGAGUAACAUCCCCUUCUGCGUUGUAACAUUUGAGCAAAUGAUCAACCAUGAAAGCUGCCGGGGCAGAUAACCCCACAGCACCUGCAAAUGAGACUAUGGGAUUUUCUGGUAGGAAACUUGGCCCUCGGGCUGUGCAUUUUGGGGUUCAUCUAGGUGGACUUUGUUGGGUUGCACAAAAAUAAUCACUGUAAAGCACUUUUAAUAAAACAUUUUAAGCCUGA